AUGAAGAAUAUGCUCAACUUAGGUUACAACAUUCCCCAUUGCAAUUCAAGUUCUGCGGGUGAUUCUUUACCGGCUGCUGUUGAGUCGCGAAAGGAAAAUGUUGCUGAAAGUUGUGUAGAAAGUCAAGAAUUUGGCGUGCUGAAUUUGGCUGACCGAGACUUGCGUGAGUUAUCCUCGAAGCCAGACUAUGCUGAUUCAUUGAUCUUAUUCCUACAGAGAAAUAAACGUUUAACUCUCAUUCAACCUUCGUUUUUCGACAACAUGCCAGAGUUGCAUUUUCUAGACUUAUCAGAUACCAAAAUCAGGAACUUACCUAGUUCACUUUUCAAGAUUUCAAAGCUUAAAGUCCUGUUGUUGAGGAACUGCAUUUGUCUUGAAAAACUUCAGCCUGAAAUAAGAGAACUCAAGAAAAUGGAGGAACUGGAUCUGUCCGGCACUGAGCUCUACGACCUCCCUGCUGAAAUCAGUCAGCUUGAGCAUAUGAAGAGAAUUCACCUAUCCUUCUAUGGGCCGGAUGAUGAAUGGGAUUAUAAGCAUUUGCCACAUCAAUUGGUUGCUCCCAGUUUUCUAUCAGAGAUGAAAGGAAUAGAAUCACUAAGCAUUAGCGUGCACCCUGAAGAUCACCGAUGGACAGAAGUUGCUGCAUGCAUAAUCAAGGAUAUUAGCAAGUUGGAGAUGUUGAGUUCUCUUCACUUCUACUUUCCAAAAACAGAAAUGUUUGAAAAUUUCAUUGAAACGAGUCAUUCAUGGAAUGAUGAGAAGAAGAGCUUGAGCAAGUUUUAUUUUACGGUUGGCCAAGAUGUGAAGCGAAUUGCAUCUCGGGUCCCAGAAGAAGUGGAAUCAUUGUUCAGUCAACAUGAGAGAUGUUUGAGGUAUGUUAACGGCGAUAAGACAUCCCCAUUGGUGAAAAGAGUCAUCAUUCGUGCCACGGCAUUCUACUUGGAUCACCACACUGAUGUCCGGAGCCUGUCUGAAUUCGACAUUUCUAGUUUCCAGUCACUGGAAUUCUGUGCCGUGCGAGAGUGUCCGAAAAUGCAAACGAUUUUGGAUGAGGAAAAGGCUAAAGAUGCAUUUCCAUGUCUGAAGUCUUUGAGAAUCUACUUUGUAUGGGAAUUGAGACAAAUUUGUAAGCCCCGGUCGAAAGUAUGGUGAUUGAACAGAUGCUUUAAGACGCCUUUGAGAAACUUUGAAGCACUUAAACAUCUUACGGUCAAUACAUGCCCAAAGCUACGAUUCAUAUUUUGGGAAUCAAUGCUUCAAUGUCUUGCCAACCUGGAGGAACUUAUUGUUAAGGACUGUGAAGUCUUGGAGAAAAUAAUCAAAGAGGAAAGUAGGAAUGUGAAGUACCAACACAAUGUCCUUCCGAGGUUAACAAAACUCGUACUUGCCUACCUACCGGAGCUGGUUAGCCUUGGCUGUGGUGUUCGUCUGUCAGAAGAAAAGGUCAGUGUUUAUGGUUGUCCCAACUUGAACCUUGAACCAGAAACAUAGAGCAUACUAAUUAGCAGUGUCCCAAUUUUUUUUUUUUGUCUUUAAUUCUGUUUAUGGAAUAUAUUCUUACAACUUUUGACAAUACCUUGUUUUUAUUUUUA